GUUUUUCGGCGGUCUUUUUUAUUGUUACUUUUUUUGAGUUAGAUGUCAUUAUGUCGAGCGGCGGUUACACACUUGAUCCGCCUAAGAGCGGUGUGCUUGCUGAGUUGGAGGAAGCUGAGUCUAUGCCUGAUGAGGAGCGGGUGAACAAGUAUUUUUACAAUUUAUAUGUUGCUAAUGUGAGUACUGAUGACAUCAUAGGUGUGAUGCGUCGUUUUGAAUCUUCUCCUCCUGAUUCCCGCAACAGCAAGACUUAUCGCACGAUGUUGAAGAUUCUCUUUAAUGAGUGUCGUUUUUUCCCUAAGUAUCCAGUUCAGGAACUGGCUAUAACUGCUGAACUGUUUGGCAAGAUGAUAAAGCACUGCUUAUUGUUAUCUAAUGGCAACUUGCUGAUGCUGGCCUUGCGUUGCAUUAUCGAGGCUUUGAAGCGUGGAAAGAUGAGUAAGAUGUUUCAGUUUGGCACUAUCGCAUUAUCUCAAUUUGAAACUUCCAUUGCUAACUACCCUUGGUUUUCUACUGCUUUAUUAGAUAUCCCGGAUGUCCGUGAGACAUUCCCUCAGUUAUACAAGACCUGUGAGAAGUUACAGAGUAUCAUGACAGACUCCAUGCGUGGCACUACUUAUGUAGAUCAAUCCAAGGGCAUUAUAAUUCGUCCUGAAGAUUGUGAGCCUGGUGUAGCUCGCUCGGCUCCAGCACCUCCUGAUGUACCUCCUCCUUGUGUUAUUGACAAGGACCGCUUGGAUGUGGGCGAGUUAGAAUCUCUGAUGAACUGUGUUUUGGACGAUUUAACUUUGGAAGUUCCGCCUGUUGCUGUGGUUAAUCAGAUUUAUGCCGCUUUUAACAACAUGUCUAUGGACACUGCUGCUCAGAAGGCCCGGGAGGUCAAUGAUGCCAUUGAGGCCAGUAAUCUAUCGUGGCUACUACUCUAUAUAGUCAAGACUCGUGCAUCCAAGGAACAGAAUUUACACGACGUGUUCGUUCUAUUUAUAGAGAACAUUAAAGCCCCCAAGGUCUUUGACAUGGCAAUCCAGAUAACUUACUCCUGUAUUUCCGCGUGCUUAAAGCACAUUGUUGACCAGAAGGAGCUUCCUUCAUAUCGGACUUUAUUAAAGAACUUGGGUAGUUGGUUAGGCCGCAUAACUAUAGGUCGCAACAUUCCCAUUAUGAGUCGUCGCCUUGAUCUUAAGCAGGUACUAUUCCAUGCCUAUGAAAACGGUGCCAUGGUAGCCGCUUUACCGUUUGUGUGCAAGAUAAUGGAGCAUGUUGCUAAUUCCAAGAUUUUCAAACCUCCUAACCCGUGGACCACCGCUAUACUCAACUUCUUGGUUGAGAUACACUCUUUAAAUCGUUUGAAGACAUCUUUAGUCUUUGAGGUUGAGGUACUAUUCAAGCACCUGGACCUCGGUCUUGAGAAUUUUGCCAACAAGACCCAGUUACUGGAAUCCCGCGUUCGUCCUGAUGUUUCUAUUGAUUUUGACCCUGUGGAGGUACCUUCUGAAAUACCCGUUCCAAAGGUUACUGAAGUUCCAAAGCCUGUUCAUCAGUAUCCUGUUACGGGUGUCCCUAAAUCUCAACCAGGCCGUUCUGGACUAGGUCCUCAGCGUGAAGCCAGCAAGGACAGCGUUCGCGAGAAGUUGAACCUGCUCCUUGCUAAGGUGAUGCGUGAGGGCCCUGGAGUUGUACGACCCAAUCCACCUGGCGAGUCGCGAUCCACUGAAAAGCCACAUCCACCUCCUGGGUACCCUCCGGUACCACCUAUUGGUGCCCUUAACGGUUUGCACAUGCAGCCCGUAGGCAACGUCUCCAGUGGCCAAUCUCCUAUCAAGAACCCACCUACACCACCAUUGAGUGACUUUGCUGAGCGGGUUCUACACCAACUUCAAUCGUCGGUGGUGAUAUCUCCGUCCAUUGCUAUUUUUGAGUUACAGCCUCAGUUACGUGCCUGUGUUCCUUUGGCUAUUGACCGUGCAAUUCGUCGUGUGAUUCCAGUUGUUUCCGAGCAUGCGUUAUCGAUAUCACGUGCAACAACUCGCAUGUUGAUUUCUAAUGACUUUGCUGGUGAAGAGGAUGAGUCUACCCUUCGUGUGGCAAUUCAGAGCAUGAUGGAAUAUUUCGCAAAGUCACUGGUUAUUGCCACUUGCAAGGAGCCUUUGCGCAUUGCAUUCCACGAGAGCCUGCGUGCUGCACUUCAGACAUACAGUACCCAGGACUGCAACACCCAGGUACUCGUUGAGCAGCUGGUACAAAUCAUCAGUCAGGAUAACAUAGUCCCUGCUGUAGCAGCUGCUGAGAAGAUAGUUGGUGAACAGGCUGUUCGUGACGUUGACUCUGUUAUACCUGACGUCUUGAAGCUUUGCAAGACUCAGCAUCAGCAGGGCCUGCCUAUAUCACUGCCUCCAUUAUUACAGCAGUGGAACCGUUUAAACGUUUGCAUGGACAAGCGCAACUUGACUUUAUAUCGCAAUUUAUUCCAGAAUGGCGCUCGUGGAUUACCGGUUUCCAGUCCAUUGUUGCAGCAUCUUCAUGGUAAUGUACCUCGUAGCAUGCCCCCUCAGCCGGUGGGUCCAGUUACUAACGGUGCCAUGCCAAUGUCGCUGUGCAAUGCUGUAAUGUCACGUUUUGAGGAGUGUUUUGCUGAGGUUCGUGAGCCUUUGCGUGAGAUUGCCUUAUUCCCACCAAGUCUCUACAGCAAGAGUCCAACUGAGCCUGACUAUGAACCUAUCAUGUUUAGUACUCAUGCUUUAUUGGUACUUUACAGUUUACCUGUGGACCAUGACCUCUUUUCUUGUAUCGCCAAGUGCCUCAAUGUCAUGGAGAAUUCACGCCAUUCCGAGAUGGCCUCAAUCGCUAUUUCACAUAGGCUCUUGACCUUCCUAUGUGAGGGUAUAGGUGCCCAGGCAGGCUUGAAUGUCGAGGUGCUGCUAUGUGUUUUGGACGGCUUGAACCAGUUAAAUCCUGGUAUCAAGCAGUCCUUGGUCCCCCUGUUAUUUUCCCAGCCUUUGGAUCGUGGCAACACUGCAUUCAAUGUUGUCACUGUCACUGGCUUGCUGCGAUACAAUUUAUUGGACUGGUCCCAUUUGGUGCACUACUUGACCCUUGCUAUGGACAAGGGUCGCAACAGCUAUGCUGUUGAGAUGGCCAUAGUUAUCACUGCGAUAUCGGUGAUUGACCAGCGCAGCAUAGGUCCGGAGGCUGCUGCUGCCAUAAUUCGUGAAAUCGCUUCCAUCAAGUGCGGCCUUGAGAUGUGCGAGACUUACAGUGGCGUUUUGCUGAAGGACGCUCGUUCUAAGUUACUAAAGGACUACAUGGAUCUUUGUCCCGAGCCCCGUUUAAUUAUAGUUUCCUUGAGUCCCAUACUGAAGCGGAACCUUGCGGCUUGUGUUACUGGUUCUAAAUUCAAGCUCGUGGGUCCUACUGACGACGUUAUGUCAUUCCCGGAGACCGUGCGCCGCGAUUCGCAUUUGGACCUUGGUUUUGGUGGUGUUAGGCGUAUUGUUCCUCCACCUCCAGUUUCGGAUUCCCACCGUGCUAUAGUCAGCAUUAUAUUUGCUAAGUGGAUCGAGUCCAGUUUACCCUAUGACGGUGAGAAUUUACUAUUGGCCUGGCGCCAAUUCUUCCAGAGAUUUAAUUUACAGAGUCUAUUUAAAAUGGAUGGCGGUACGGAUAACUUUUUUGCCAUUUGUGUUGGCAGUGCCAUUGGCACGAUGUCGUCUAGCAGCCCGGGUUGGACCGUUGACCAAUUGGAUGACCCAGGCUUCCCCAGCGAGGGCAUUGACAGUUUGAUUGCUUUGGCCAAAAUGGCUGAUGUCAUGCUUCGUUUGGUCGGUGGCAGUGACGUUCCACCUUCCAGUGCGCUCCAGAAGCUCCUUGCUUCCACUGCAAGUUUGGUACUCUAUGGCCACGACUACAUAUCAUACUACAAACUCUGGGUCGUCUUGAUGCGUUACUUUGACAAGCUUGAGGUUGCUAGUGGUAACAUUGUUUGUCGGAUUACAUUUUUAACAGCGCUCCGUUGCAUCAAUCCAACUCGUUGUCCCGAGUUUGUCUUUUUCUGGUUACGUUUAAUUUGGCACCCAAGUCUCCUUAAGGGUGCAAUGGCUAUUCCUCGUUGUUGGUCCCACGUCGCCAACUUGUUGCUUGAGAUGACUUGUUUCAUGGAUGCUAACCGUAAGCAUGAGUCUUACCACAGGAUUGAGCAGUGGUGUUUGGAACUAGUCCACCACGUGUGUGAUAACUACCCCCAAUUCGUGGUUGAGUACUACUUCUGUAUUGGCGGAUCACCUCGUUUAGAGCGUGCUGCCAGUAGUUGUUACGUUGGUCCUGACCCCGUGCCCAUUAAUGCUUUGUCCAUGCCUGUUGACCAUCUACCUGCUAUGACAGUUGCUCCACCGGUAUCACCCAUGAUAGUGACGCUGCUAAUGCGUCACGGUAUCAAGUCAUAUGCUGAUUCUGUUAUGCGUUCAGUGGUUCGUCAGGCCAAUAUCCAUGCCAAGAUCGAUGUCCAGCAGGUUGUUAAGGUACUCGAGGACGUUCUUGACAAUGACCCCGGUCAGGGUAUGACCCUGGUCAGUUGUUUUAGUUACUAUAUCGGGAUUGAGUUUCCUAAAUCACUAUCCGAGCCUGAGCGCAUCGACGAGCGGCGUCUGUAUGUGUACUUGGAGCUUCUUCGCCAGAUGUCUAACCGUGGUCGGUACGUAUUGGUCAAUGCUAUUUCUCGUCAUUUGCGGUAUCCCAAUUUGCACACGCACUUUUUCAGUUGCUUGUUGCUAUGGUUAUUCGAUGUUUUCCGGGCGCCUCGCGAUGACAUUUUACGCCAGAUAAUCUUGCGCGUGCUCCUGGAGCAAGGUUUAUCUGGCGUCAAAUGCCCUUGGGGCGUUCGUCUGACUGUGGUUGAGUUAUUCCGCAACCCUCGUUACAAGCUUGGUGGUGAUUCUUUCAAAUCAAUCCCUAAUUGCACUCGUGCUUUGCUUGAGACUAUAUCUCAAGUAUGUUCAGACGUGGUUUAAUUUGAUAUCACUUGUGCAUAACAUCUAGUACUAAAUCCCUGGCACUAGUG